AACGGCAUGCGGCUCGAGACGAACACGGAGAUGAGUUUGUCGCUUCUGCAAGGCUACUCCUCCGCCGAGGAAGACGACCCAGCCGCCGCCGGCGCCGGCGCUGGCGAGCUGAGCGACUCCGGCGACUCCUCCGCUGAGGACGCCGGAUCAGACGGCGAGGAGGCUUCCGCUGCUCCGAGGCCAGCCGCGAAGCCCCGCCCCCGCCCAAACCCUAGCCGCGGGGAUGCUGGCGGCGGCGGCGGGGACGGCUCAUUGCUGCCCUCAGCACUGGAUGCCUUCGCGGAGAUAUCGGGCCCGCCGGAGUUCCUGAACAAUAGAGUCGCCGAGCCCGAGGAGGCCGUGGAGGCGCUCGGAGUGCUCGACCGCCGCGGCAAGGGCGGGAGGGGAAGUGACAGCAAGCAGCCGCCUCCUGGUGCCGUUGUGGUCGCAAAACCUCAAUUGGUUGCAAUUCGUGAACGAGUUAGCAGUGGAACAAAUGGUGCCAACCCUCCAGUUUCUACUGAAGGAAAGAGAAUAAUAGGUGCGGCAAAUCCUGGUCCAGAAGAUGCUGCUGAUCUUCUAAGAAUGUGCCUCCAAUGUGGUAUACCAAAGACCUAUUCACACGCACGAGGUAUGGUGUGUCCUGUUUGCAACGAUAGACCAGAGCAGGCAAGAGAGCCAGAAAAGAAGAAAGGAUCGACCGUCAAAGACAAGGAGAAGAUCAAAAGGAUGAGGGGGCAAUCAUCACACGCUUCGUGGAAGAGUGAAACUGAGAUGGCCCUGCGGCAACAAUUUGACUGAUUACUAACUAGUGCCACCUCCUAUACUUGGUGUCAUGUGUUAUGUACACUGCGAAUACUUAUGUAAUCCUAUCUUCAUCAAAAUCCCGUAGAACUGCCUCCAAGAGUCAUAGUCGGUUCCCGAUUGUGUUUGCUGUAUUUUCAGUUUUCCACCAUGAAUAUGGAUUUGCUCGAUAAGCUGAGAAAUGGUUCCUUGCAAAAUUCCGUCGAAGCCAAAGUUUGAGCCAAUUGUAUGAUCAUUUACUCCCUCUA